ACAUCCGUGUUUCAUCUUGUUCGAAUCAUUUUCAUUUUCUUCUCUUGCAGCAAUCAAACACUUUUUGCCUUGAGUUCAGUUUGAACCAACAAUGGCCGAAGCAAUUGCUUUCGACAUCGCUGCAGAGCUCAUUAUUAAGUUGAGCUCUCGUGUUCUUUCUCAAAUUGGACUGUGGUGGAAUCUCAAAGACGACCUCGACGACCUCAAAAGCACCGUCUCCUCAAUCAAAGCUGUACUUCUUGACGCUGAAGAGCGAUCCGUGACCAGCCAUCUCGUCAAAGAUUGGCUUGAACAGCUGAAAGAUGUACUUUAUGAUGCUGACGACUUGCUCGAUGAUUUCUCUACCGAAACUUUGCGGAAAGAUCUAAUGGGUGGGAACAAGCUGACGAAAGAGGUACGCCUUUUCUUUUCAAGCUCAAAUCACUUUGCUUACGGUCUCAAAAUGGGUCAGAAAAUUAAGGCCAUUAAGGCGAGGUUAGCUUCAAUUGAAAGUGAGGCCAACACUUUUGGCUUCAUGGUGCGUGACCGCCCAGUGGAAACCUCUUUCAUGAUUAAAAAGAGACAGCAAACACACUCUUUUGUGAGUAAAGAUAAAAUAAUAGGGAGGGAUGAUGAUAAAGCGGCUCUUCUAAAACUCAUGUUAGAGUUUGAAAGUGAAGAGAACGUUUACAUCAUUCCAGUUGUGGGGUUUGGAGGGUUAGGGAAGACUGCAUUGGCGCAGUUUGUUUAUAAUGAUAAAAUGGUCUAUGAUUAUUUUCAAUUGAGGUUGUGGGUGUGUGUUUCAGAUGUUUUUGAUGUCAAAUUAAUUUUAGAAAACAUUAUUAAAUCUAUAACUGGCCAAGUACCAGAUCAAAAUCUCGAAAUGGACCAAUUGCAAAAACAACUUCGAGAUAAAAUUGGUGGAAAAAAAUAUUUGCUUGUUUUGGAUGACAUUUGGAAUGAAGAGAGGGAAGAAUGGGUUAGUUUAAAAGAGUUAUUGGUAGGUGGGGCUAAAGGAAGUAGGAUAAUAGUAAUUACUCGCUCUUUUAAGGUAGCCAAGAUCACUAGUAAAUGUCAGCCACAUGUUCUAAAAGGCUUGUCUGAUGACGAUGCUUGGUCUUUGUUCAAAGAAAUAGCAUUUGAGCAAAGAUAUGCAGACUCAACAAAUUCAGCCUUUGUGGAAAUAGGAAAACAGAUUUUGGAAAGGUGUAGUGGGGUUCCCUUAGUCAUAAGGACGAUAGCAAGUACAUUAUCUUACAAAGAAACUGAAGAGGAGUGGCGUUCUUUUAGAGAUAAUGAACUUGUUAGAAUACCUCAAAAUGAAGGUAAAAUUCUAACUACACUUAAGUUGAGCUAUGAUCAUCUCCCAUCCCAUUUGAAGCAUUGCUUUGCCUAUUGCCGACUUUAUCCAAAAGAUCUUGUGAUUGAUGUGCAAACACUUGUUCAGUUUUGGAUUGCACAAGGUUUCGUAAAGCAAUUGAAUCAAAGUCAAUCUCUUGAGGAGAUCGGGUUUGGAUAUUUUAAAGAUUUAGUUGAAAGAAGUUUCUUGCAAGAGGUAGAAGGAAUGUAUCGGAUGAAAGGACUAUACUGGGUGAAAGAACAAGCAUGUAAAAUGCAUGAUUUAAUGCAUGAUCUAGCAGAAACAGUAGCAGGGAUGGAGAGUAGCAUUGUAGAUUCAAAUAAAAUUGCAAGUAAUGUUGGUAAAAAAUGUCGUCACAUAUCAAUUAAACCUUCAUUAAUUCCUUUGUUUAAAGGAAAGAAGUUGCGAACCUUAUUACACUUUCCAAGCAUGAAAGCUCAAAAUUUGAGUGAUGAAACUUGGGAUUUGAUAAUUGCAAAUUGUAGAUGCUUGCGUGCAUUAGAAUUGAAUGCUUUAAAUCUUAAGACAAUUCCACGCUCCAUUUACAAGUUGAAGCAUUUGAGGUACCUUGAUCUUACUAACAAUCAUGGUCUUAAGAUUCUUCCAAAGAGUAUUUGCAAGAUACAGAAUUUGCUAGUGCUGAAACUUGAUGGGUGUUUUCAGCUUGAAGAAUUGCCAAAGAAGAUUGAAAAUUUGGUGAAUCUUACCCAUCUUGCGUAUCGCGGUUGUUUUGGCUUAACUCAUAUGCCACGAGGAAUAGGGAAGCUGACUUCCCUUGAGACGUUAAGCAGGUUUGUAGUGGAUAAAGAUGGCUCACAUGACGGUGCAGAUCUAAGUGAAUUGAGUGGGCUUAACAACUUGAGGGAAAAGCUAAAAAUAAUAAAUCUAGGAUUUGUGAAAAAUGCUAAAGAGAAGUUUAGGGCUGCUAAUUUGAAAGAGAAGCAACAUUUGGUGUCAUUGGUUUUAAAAUGGAAUGGUGGCAAUGAUGAUGAUGACAAGUCACUUGAAGACCUCCAGCCCCAUCCUAAUCUCAAGGAGCUCUGUAUUCGAGGAUGA